AUGGCAUCUGAAACUGAGCCAGAAGGGUGGGCAGGACUGCACCUUACAGAGGAAACAGGGCACUUCUGGAGUGAGAACAUCAAACACAAAGACCUGGAGGUGCAGGGGCUGUCAAAGUCCUCUGUGUGGCUCUUGGCUGGGUGCAAGAGGAUAGUGGCGGAAAUGUCGGAGCUGGAGAGGAGCAUAGAUGUCAUCAUCAACACCUUCCACCACUAUUCCGUGAGGAAGGGUGACCACGACACCCUGUCGCAGCAGGAAUUCAAACAGCUGGCAAAGAAGGAGCUGCCCAACUUCCUCCAGAAAAAGGACGAUGCUGCCCUACUCAAGAUCAUGGAGGACCUGGACACGACUGUUGACAACCAGCUGAGCUUCGAGGAGUUCGCCAUCCUGGUGGGCCGGCUGACGCAUGCCUCUCAUCAGGAGAUGCACAAGAACGCCGACCCAGGGAAGAACCACAGCCACGGACCAGGCCUUGGGGAGGGUGGUCACGGCCACAGCCAUGGCCACGGUCACGGCCACAGCCAUGGCCAUGGCCACAGCCACUAAUCAGGAGACCGGGCCACUGCCCAGCCCAGCUGGGUUCCAGGGCUGCUGUGCCACUCUGCCUGAGCUGCGGGCUGACAGCUGGGGGCAAAAUAAAGCCUUCCUCC